AACCUCUUUCAGUUUGUAAACAAUGGCGUCUCUACUGAAAAGUGUCCCUCGACAAGUAUGCAAGUUAUUUAAGUUCCCUGUGCGGUAUAUAAACUGGACCCCAAUCUUAUUGAAUGACUUCAGCAGAUUUCCAGUACCGGAUGUCAAAACCCUACCGGAAGAUAUGCGAAUAGCCAUGGAGACUGUGGAAGAGAAAAGUGGGUUUUCUCCGAAUGUGUUUCGUGCCAUGUCGUACCGCCCGGAUGAGUUACGUGCUUUUGUUCAGUAUUAUGAUGCUGUCAUGGCGGUGAACAGAGGAAACUUGACAAAAGCGGACAAAGAGAUGAUCAUUCUAGCCACGUCCUCAGAAAAUAACUGUCUAUACUGCAUCAUAGCACACGGAGCACUUCAUCGUAUAUUCUCAAAAAACCCACACUUAGCAGAUCAAAUUGCUGCAAAUUGGAAAACGGCGGAUCUUGACGAUCGACAACGCGCUAUUUUGGAUGUUGCCAUGGAUUUGUGUCGCUGUCAGCCUAUCACAGAGGAUAAGAUAGAAAACCUGAAAAAGCACGGACUUGACAAAGACGAUUUGUGGGAUAUUGGAGCGGUGACAGCUUUGUUUGCUCUAUCUAACAGAAUGGCUUACCUGAUGAACUUAAAACCAAAUAAAGAGUUUUACUUGAUGGGACGGAUCCCAAAAGAAAAAUAAAAUGGCUAUUAAAUUAUUUUUAAAGCUAAUUUACUGAGCUUUUGACAAUCGUUAACUAUUCGGCAUUUAUAGAGUAUUUUUUAUUAUGAACAUAAUACGAUUUACUGUAAAAUAUUGAAGUAAUUAAUGGACACUGAUGUAUUGUAAAACGUUAUUUGUGGGAUUUCUUUGAU